GUGGGCUUUCUAUGAUGUCUAUUUCUUUGUUUUGAGCCGAGUAUGGUUCCUAAUCAGAGGCAGCUGUCUAUCGUUGUCUCUGAUUAGGAAUCAUACUUAGGCAGCCUUUUCCCAACCUGUUUGUGGAUUAUUAUUCUUUCUAUGAGUGUUUUGUGUGUACUGCAGUUGUGUCACGUUCAUUUCUGUUUAUCCUGUUAAUUGUUUUUGUUCGGUUUCACUUCUAUUAAAGUAUGUGGAAUUACCGGCACGCUGCGCCUUGGCUCCUAUAUGACAGGAAAUUUGAAGACAGUACUCGUGACAGUAACAUUGAAUAAAUACAUUAGAUUAGUUACUUUGGUUAAUGGGCCAGUUUCCCAGACACAGAUUAAGUCUAGUCCUGGACCGAUAAGAUCUUUCUAUUGAAACUUCCAUUGAGUAUGCUUUUUAGUCCAGCACUAGACUCAAUCUGUGUCCAGGAAACAGGCCCCAUAUGUAUUACUGGCAUGCUUGUCCUUGUUCAGGACUCCACACACUGGCUUCAGAUUGAACCCUUGACUUCCACUGUCCAGGGAGUGACAAUGUUCAGACACAGGACACCCAAAGGGAGUUAUGAGUGCACAGUGUCUGGGCUCCGCUGGCUGUGUGAGAGAGAUGUCAUUCUGAAGUAUCACUUCAGGAACUGGGAACCCUACAAUCACCUUCUGAAAGACAUGCAGUACACACAAGGUGGUCCAUUGCUGGAUAUCACUAUGGAGUUAGGUGAACUGGAGGAAGUUCAUCUGCCACACUGUGUCUGUUUAGGGACCAACCCGUCCCUGAGGAAUGAGAUGAAGAUUCUUCAUGUAGAGGAACAUGGAGUGUCUUUAGAGGAAGUGCAUGAGGUUACCAGAUUCCAUGCUAAAAUUCUCCAUCCCAAGUUCUCACUUAUCUCUGUUAUACUGAGAUUACUGUCUUUGAACAUAGAUGUCCACUGUGACGUGGUCCUCUAUAUGGCAGUAAAAAGGUCAACAGUCAUUUCAAGGCUGUACCUGCUCCUCAGAAACUCCAGUCAGAAAGAGGCUGUUCAGGAACGGGAGAAAGAUCAGGUGUCCAAAGGAUUUUCAGAAUUCGUCCUGUCAAGUCCAAACGGGCCCUUAAAGCUGAACAGUUUGUUUGCAUUCAAGAAUCCCCACUCCACUUCCAUCAAUCCAGAGAAGAUUCAGCUGUUACCUGCAGACACCACACCAAGCUGUUGUCAGAUGAUUAUGAGAAACACAGGGGUUGACAUUGAGAUGGAAUUAAUCGGGGAAGAUGAGAGGACAGUAUGGAAAUCAGUGGUAUCAAAAGAUGUAUACAGCAAAGACUCUCAUCCAACAUCAUUAAUACUCAUUGGGAUUCCUGCUGAGGAGUUUCUUCAGAAUCACAGGGCUAUACUCAUUCAGGGAGUCAAAAACCCAAUGCCAAUAGCAGAUGUUCUGCGGUCAAAGGGCAUGAUUGGUGAUGAAGAGUACUCCAGAAUAAAAGCUGAAACAACUGAACAGGACCGAAUGAGAGAACUACUGAGAUCAGUCCUCCCUAAAGGACCAGAAGUGACGGGAGCUUGUCUCAAAGCUCUCAUUGAACAUGAACACCAUCUUGUUAAGUACUUGAGUGAAUCUAGCACCUAAUCUGAAGAUGCUGAGGCCUGUCUCCUAGUCUGUGGACAAAGACACUUCUUCACCUAAUCUGAAGAUGCUGAGGCCUGUCUCCUAGUCUGUGGACAAAGACACUUAAAUGAUUGUAAGGGAAAUGUUUAUGUUUGUGCUAUUCUUUUAACAAAUGUCUGUGUUUUAUUAAUGUGCUGUUCUAUAAACUAAUUUGUGUGUUCAUCAAGUGGCUGACUGUACAAAUCCUCACUAUCAGUAGCUGUAAUUUGGCAGUAAGCCCAGACGUUGUUUUGAGAAGGAGAUAUCUCAGUUUCAAGGUCUCAGCUUAGAGAGAAGAAGACUGGUGAG